AUGGUCACCCGAUCUGCUACUCUAUCAUCGCAGCUUACCUUGAUCUCGGCUUCUAUACCACCAGAGAUCAUCCUCAAGACCAUCCAGUAUCUUCCGUUCGAGAACGGGAAAGACAUCAUCAGGCUUCAACAUGUUCACCCGCGAUUACGAGACCUCCUGAGAAACUACGAGCGCUCGCUCACAAGAACAUUCAUGAAUCGAGAGCUGCCGCACGCUUCCACAGACUUCCCGUGCUGUGCCAAAUAUGGAUAUCGAUGUCUGGCAGACUGCGUAAAGAAAUACGACAUAGUAGACGACCUGAUGGACGCGCUGGUCUCGCGGCAGAAUUGCUACGCAGUGGAAGAGCACAACAUGGCUUUGUUGAAUGCCGGGCUACUGCUCAUAUAUCGUGUGGCAUUUAUGAAAGAUCACAGCGCCAAACUCGCAUUAAUCAACUCAAUCUCUCGAGAUCCUCUCACAGCGAUAUACCUUGCCCUACACAACUCUACCCUCACAGCGCGGUACCACGGCUCUGGCUGGAUCCACCAGCGUACAUACGGACGCUUUAUGGACGCCAAUCAGAUCUCCCUCCGCAACGAACUCGAGUUCUGCUUCGCCGAGGCCGCCCUCACAUUAGGGCCGGAGUUCAUCUCAGACCUGCUCCUGCGACCCACAAGAGCAGGUGCGGAGGCGACGUUUCUGAACUUCUACCAUGACUACGGGACGCAUGACUGGGAUUGGCCUGGCUGGGGCGAGGGAAAAGGCGAGUUCAACCCGCCUAGGACGCAGGGGCCGAAGAAGGAGCCUGGGAGUCGAGGGAGAAGUCUCUUCACUACUGUACUGGAGAGAUUGGCGGAGUGCGUGAAAUGCUCAUUGGAUGAAGUACGGGCGAAGAUGGAGGAGCAGACUAACGACCCAGAACACUCCUUGUCGUACUUGAACCUGUAUGGUAAGGCGCGGUUGUUGGAGGGGCGGAACUGGAACUGGGCAGAAGAAGAGCAGCACAAAGGGCGUCGAGACUCAGUACAUUCCUAG